CUCUUCAUCCACAAAACUCCCCGCUGUCUUGAUGCAUGGCUUGCCUGGAGCCCAGAUGGUAGUGACUGACCUGACAGAACCUGACAAGCGGGCAGAUGCCCUUGGCAAGCUAGGCCUAUGUUUUGGCAUUGGCAUGGUUGCCGGCUCCACCUUGGGCGGUACACUAAGCACACGUUAUGGGGAGACAUUUGCUGCUUGUGUAGCUGCUGGAGGGAGCUUCAUCAGCUUCCUGUUGGUUUGGACGUUUAUCCCUAAACACACUAAGAUACAAGCUCCACAGGACAACACAGACAAGAAGAGCAAUGCCAAGUCAGUCUUUGACCUGGGUGAGAUCACCAGACUGAUGAAGUUCCCUGGUGUGGCCAAAACCUUCAUGGUCAAGAUCAUCUCAGGUCUGCCAUCAGGUAUCUUUCAGGUCAUGUUCUCUGUUAUCGCCAUGAACUUCUUCCAGCUGGCGCCAGAGCAGAAUGGCUACCUUAUGGCCUACUUUGGGAUCGUGUCAAUGGUAAUCCAAGGGGGAGUGAUUGGCCGGCUGACCUCAAAGUACUCUGAGAACUCACUGCUUCUCCUCUCCAUCGGCAUGUCAAGUCUGGUGGGCCUGGCUCAGGUCUUCAUGGCUAACGUGUUCCAGUUCUGCUUCAUCGUUCUCCCCAUGAUGUUCUCUCUCAGCGUGUUCAACGUCAUCACUGACAGCAUGCUGACAAAGACUGUGCCUUCCUCCGAUACCGGCACGAUGCUGGGCCUGUGUGCCUCUGUGCAGUCUCUGCUCCGUACCAUCGGCCCCACGAUUGGAGGCUUCUUGUAUCACAACUACGGAGUGGCCUCUUUUGGGUUCAUCCAGUUUGUCGUGAACAUGGUCGUGUUUGUGUUUAUGCUUAGAAACAUGGUCAACAGCAAAGAUGAGCACAGAGAAUGACAUUCCACAGACUUAAAUACAUAGGGCAUUUUAAAAGUGACCUAAAUAUAGUUUUAUAUUAUCAGAGAAUUUUAUUAUAUUUCUAUAAAUGGACAAGAAUAUAAAAUGCAACAAUUUCCUAGAUUUUACUGAGUUACAGUUCAUAUAAGGAUAAAAAAUAUAUACAGUAUAUCUGAAUAUUGUACUUGUGAUUUGAUAUUCAAUAAACAGGAACGUUCAGAAGAACAGUUGUUUACUGGAGAUGCCACUUACAUAUAAAAUCCUUUGUUGAUUCUGCAGAUGUGAUUUUUGUGUUUGUCAAACAGAAGGUUUGGCAAUAAACCCAAUCUAUUAGUAACUAGUAGAUGGUCACUGCUGUAGUUGUGUUAGCUCUACAGAAUCUCAAUUUAAUAUUUGCUCAACCAUUUCAAAAACUGAAGAUAAAAAAUAAAUGUUUUGUUAAAAUGUUUAUUUCAAGGUCUCACACAUUCCAUAUUCCUAUAAAAGAUUUCUCAUCCCUCUGCUAUCGUUGCAACAUGCCUAACACCUGCUCAAAGCAUGUUAUUUUGUCAUGUAAAAGACCAAAA